UCUCCUCAAUCAAAGAAAGUCCCCACGCAGAGCAAGCCAAGAUCUGCGCCGCGGCGAAGCAAAUCAAAGCAAAGCAAAGCAAAGCACCGGCUGGCUCCCAUGGCCGUGGACCUGAUGGGGUGCUACGCCCCGCGCCGCGCCAACGACCAGCUCGCCAUCCAGGAGGCGGCGGCGGCGGGGCUCCGCAGCCUGGAGCUCCUCGUGUCGUCGCUGUCCACGCAGGCCGCCGCGCCGCACAGGGCCGCGGCUCACCAGCUGCAGAAGCCGCCUUCGCAGCCGCCGAUCGGCGAGAUCGCCGACCAGGCCGUCUCCAGGUUCCGCAAGGUCAUCUCCAUCCUGGACCGCACCGGCCACGCCCGCUUCCGGCGCGGGCCCGUGGUCGAGGCGCCGCCACCGGUGCCUCCUCCGGCCGUCUCCGCUCCCGCUCUCCCCGUGGCGCACGUGGUGGCUCCCGUCGGCGCGGCGCAGCCCCAGAGCCUGACCCUGGACUUCACGAAGCCGAACCUGGCCGUGUCGGGCGGCGCCACGUCCGUCACCUCCACGUCCUUCUUCUCCUCGGUCACGGCCGGCGAGGGCAGCGUGUCCAAGGGCCGCAGCCUGGUGUCCUCCGGCAAGCCGCCGCUGUCCGGCCACAAGCGGAAGCCCUGCGCCGGCGCGCACUCCGAGGCCACCACCAACGGCAGCCGCUGCCACUGCUCCAAGAGAAGGAAAAACCGCGUGAAGAGGACCAUCAGAGUGCCGGCGAUCAGCGCCAAGAUCGCGGACAUCCCGCCGGACGAGUACUCGUGGAGGAAGUACGGCCAGAAGCCCAUCAAGGGCUCCCCCUACCCACGGGGCUACUACAAGUGCAGCACCGUGCGCGGGUGCCCGGCGAGGAAGCACGUGGAGCGCGCCACCGACGACCCGGCCAUGCUGGUGGUGACGUACGAGGGCGAGCACCGCCACACGCCGGGCGCGCCCGCGCCCGCGCCCAGCCCCCUGGCGGCCGCGUCGCCGGUGCCCGCCUCCGCCGCCGCCGCCGUCUCCGCCGGCAACAACGGGCUUGUCUAGUCUAGAGCCUAGGAUUAGCUUCUUCGUUCUUCAUUUUGAGCUGAUCCCCACCGCUCGAUCUGACGCCCGUGUAAAAAAAAAAACAAACGAACAAGGUUGUUGUAGAAAGAAGAGGGAGAGGACACCUUCGACGAAACGA